GGAAUACAUCAAUAAGGUUAUUAUUAUGAUGCCUCAAGCUGCAUCCAAAAACAAUGAUGUCGUCCACGUAAAGAAACGCGGAAGUAUCCACACCUGUCAUUUCUAUGGUCAACAUUCUUUGCAAACUGUUGGAUGAUAUUCUUAAUCCGAAUGGCUGUCUCUUGAAUUGAUAAUGGCCCUUUCCUGACGCGAGAAAGGACAUGAUUCCUUUUUGAGGCCUACUUGAUGGAACGAACUGGUCAUGUCCAGCUUUAAGAGAUUUUUGGCCCUUCCCUGCUUAUCUUAAACGUCUUCCAACCUUGUCAACGGAAACUUGUCAUUGACAAUUUUUUCAUUCAGGCUUAUGUAAUCAACAACCAGGCGCCAUUUUCUACUCCCAUCUGUAAUCUUCUUUGGUACUAUUAAUAAUUAUUAUUGACCUGCAUGUUUAUCUCUUCCAUUUGAGACUCUAGUAAUCUGUAAUAUACGGGUGUGCUAUCUGUAGUUUGUAUGCAUUUUUCAUAAAAAUUGUUGACACUUAACUUCUCACCUGUAAGGUGAAAAAAUAUCCUGGAACUCAUUUAUAAUGGUUUUAACUGUCUCUCUGGCAUAUGUGUCAACCGAUCCUAUAUCCAGGCAUUCAAAAAGUGCAUUCGCUCGUGCAUUGGUAUUUCUCUCAUAUAUAUUUUUAGCGUAAUACACAUCGUACUCUCUGAAAUUCCUGAUAUUCAAAUUUAGACAUUGUAAUUCAACAGAUAUACUAUUAGUGUUCAAAAAUUUUACAUGUUUAAGUCUAUUCUGGGGUAUUAAACAACUAGCUGGGAAAACCCCAUCCGCCACUUCCUUAUUCAGUAUCACGCUAUCCUCUUUUAUCUUCAAUUCAAUUGGAAUGAUAACCUCAGACCGCGCGGGCAGAAAAAUGUUAUUUUUUUAUGUUUCAAAUGUAAUGGUAAUAUUAAAUCGUUUCCAUUUAUCAAAAAAGUCUGAAAAUCAAUUUCAAUUACAUACGUAUUUUGACAGAAUAUUUCUCCCUAUUAUUCCAUCCAUGGGGAUCGGGAAAUCUCUCUUGACAACAAGGAAAUUGUGACUUAUCUGUUCUGUGUCAAUUGACAAGUUUAACACUGAUUUACUCAAGCACUGUACCGCUGUCUCUGUGAUACGUGUUAAUCUCGCUGUUUUGUUUGAAUUCAUGUUACUGAAAGCGAAAUCUUUGCAGAUUGAGACGUCCGCCCCAGUGUCAAUCAGAAAUGUUAAAUUCUUGCCUAUGGUUGUGCUCCUCAGUGUUAAAUAUGCCAUUGAUUUCAGUGUAAUAUUGUAAAUCUUUAUAUUUGGCCUUCGUGGACAACUUCUUCCGUCAUCCGGCCCUCGUAGUUUUCCUGCUCUUCGACAGGAAGUGUUCCGAAAUUGUAAAUGUUAUUAUUGUUGCAUCUCGUAUUCCGUUGUAUUCCCUGCAUUGUUUUCAAAUUGGGCAUCCCUAAAGUUGGCGUUAUUAUUGUAAUGACCUCUACCAUUAUCUCUCCAUCGCCUAUCGUAGUUGUUGUAUCUCCUAUUAUAUCCAUUGGAAUUACAACCACCUCUACCAUCGUUAUCGUAAUUACUGUUGUUAUUGUAGUCGGGACUGUAAUUGUACCUGUUACCAUUACUUGAUUAUUUAUUCCUUUUCUGAUUGCUACCUCUCUCAUUAAAAGCAAAAACGCUUCUGUUUUGAAGAUCUAACGUCCUCUCUGCCGUAGAACAUCUUUGGGCUGCUUCAUUCAGAGUGUGAGGUGGAUUCGCAAGCAUAAUAGUCUUAUAUGCAUCAUCUAUUCUUUUUACAAAUACAUUGAGUGCCAAGUUAUCACUCGCCUUAUAUUUUGCAUCUUUAGUCCUAUUCGCCGGCUUUGGCAAACUAUUUAUUUGGAAUGUACUCAACUGAUCUGCUAAAUCUGCUACAUUUUCCCUAACCAGAUUGGCCGAAGAAUUCGCUUGGGCCUCUGACAGACUUGUUGUAUCGUUUUGGGGUUCGGAUAUGCAUCAAUUAAUAACUUCUUUAAACCUUCAAGUGUAGUUGGCUUAUUAAACCUACCUAAAGUACACCGUACCUCACUCGAUAGCUUAAAAUUAUAAACAUAUUUCAUAUAAAUUUCUCGAUCCCCAUCUCGUAAGGUUUAAAUCGUGCAGCAAUUCAACCUGCGCAAUAAACUCGUCUAAGUACCUGAAUGUCCCAAUUAACACCUGGAGAUUCUUGCCCACAACCGAAAUACCGAACGCAGCUAUAUGUUAUCGUUAGUUUAUUUAAAAUUUCCUCAACCUCUUCACAAAGAUCUCGAAAUUUUGCUUCUAAUACUAUUAAUUCAUUAGCAUCUAUAGAUUCAGUUGUUUUAUAUUAAACAAAUUCAGUUUUCAGUAUAUCUAGUCUAUCUAACUUAUCAUUCACAUAUUUUUUUUGUAAAACUCGUUUUUAUAUUUGUCUUCAAAUUCAAUGUAUUUAAUUCAUUUAUAAAUGCAUUAAUUUCUGCCGUCUAUGUAUUAUAAUUACUAACAGCCUGAUCCACGAUCUCGAAAGAAAAUUUGUGAGAACGAAGGCUACUCACUCACUUUCGUAUAAGAAUGCGUUCCACUAACUUUCGUCCUUUGUUUCGCAUAGCCUUACGUGAUUCAGUGUUGCUAAAAAUUUUUGGAAAAAUAUAUCGCGAAAUAAGGUAAACAAAGCGCCAAAAGCCUAAUUUAAACGCGAAAAAGCAGCAAUGGCUCUGUCUCAACUGACAGUUCAGUUGUAAACAAACAAAUUGUAAUUAAACAAACAAAAUAAAAUUUCUAGUGAAUGUGUUCAUACUAUUUGUGUUCUUAAAAAAUAAAAAAAUUAAUAUUUCUGUAGCCCUAUUUUUUAUGGAUGAUGUGGAGGAGGUUCAAAAUGUGCCACGGAGUCAUUUAAGAGAUGCUUCGAAUUUAUGUGAAGUACCUAAAAACCAGUAAGUAUGAUUGUAUUUUUACAUUUUUGAAAUAAUAAAAAAAAAUUAAUUUUUCUAGGUUUGUGGCCAAUUUUCGUGUGUCCAAGGAAGUUUUUCGGGCUCUUUUGGAUAUGAUGGAAGAGAAGUUGCAGAACUACCCAAAUCCGCCCAGAUUUAAAACUUGGCACAGGACAGGAAGCUACCAACAGAAUUUAGGGAACGAAGCCUUGACUUCAACAGCGAAGUCGACAGUGAGCAGAACCAUUGCGGAAUGUCUGCAGAUUUUUGAGGACCACAUUUGCGGCCAAUGGAUAAAAACGCCGACACUCACAGAGGAACGCAACACAAUGGAGGCUUUCUAUGAAAGAACAAUGUUCCCUGGAAUUGUUGGAUGCGUUGAUGGCACGCAUAUCCGCAUCAAGUCACCAGGGGACGAAUUGAAAGCCCUUUACUAUAAUAGAAAGGGUUAUUAUAGUAUAAAUGCAAUGGUGAUAUGUGACCAUAAAAUGCGAAUAACAUUUGUCGACGCUAGACAUCCCGGAAGCAACCAUGAUGCAUUUGUAUGGGAAAGGAGUGGUCCAGACAAAUGUAUGCAAAGGGAGUUUGACAAUGGAAAACGAAACUUUUGGAUUCUCGGGGAUGGAGGAUACAAAUUGAAGCCCUUUCUCAUGACGCCUUACCGCAGCCCUAGAGAUGCCGCCGAGAAAAAAAAUCAAUAAGAGGCAUGCAAGUGCGCGAAACGUCAUUGAAAGGUGCUUUGGGGUCCUAAAGAACAGAUUCCGAUGUAUCAUCGGAUCUCGGGGCCUUCAUUAUGACGCUGCAAAGGUAGUGCACUACCGAUCUAAUGAACCCCCAGGUGAUGUUAUUGAUGAUGAUCUGGAAGACGAAGUGGAUGAUAAUAAUGAUUUUGAAAGCUGAGCUGACGCAAUAAGGAGAAAAAUUGCAAUAAAUUUGUAAAAUUAACAGA